GGAGGGGCGCGCGGCGCGGCCGUUGAGGCGGUUGGCGGCACCUGCACGGCACGGCCAGGGGCACGCGGGGCGGCACGGGCCGGCGGGCAGCGCCCGGCCCCGCUUCCCUUCCCUAAUAUAGGCAGGGCCGGCACCGAGCGGGGCACGGCGGCCCCGGGGCUGAGCGAUUCGCGGGGCCGCUGGGCAGGGGGUUCGGGUCGGCCGCCGUUACCUGCCGGAGGGCUUCGCUGGGAGAGCCGGCCGCGGCCCUUCGGCGGGCUGCGUGUGCCGGGCUGCUGCGGCCCCGCUGAGCCCCGCGGGGAGCGGCGGUCUGUGAGCGGGGUGUGCGCGUAUCGGCUCCGCUACAGCGCUGGUUGGGGAUGUGCUCGCGCUGUAGUCCUAGCGGAGGGUCGUCCCGUUGUGGUUUUGCUGCAGGACGGUUAAUAUGCACGGAAACGUAUCUAACUGUGCGUUUGAAAGGGAUGUUCUUGCUGAUUCAAGACAACUUCGUUCUGUCCGGGACUUUACACUGGGGAUAAGGACAUGGGACUCCUCCUGCCAGAUUCCAGAUGGUUCAUUGCAACUGACAUCUUCGUUGACAACUGUGAAAAGGAACUUUGGAUUAUUUUAUUUUAUUUUUGUGGGAAACCACAAUCCCCAAACUGUAGGACACAUCAGGUUCCGUGUUUCUUGUAGAAUUUUAAAAUAAACUUUUCUAAUGAGGAUGUCUGAUAUUCUUACUGUAAAAGAUGAAACUGAUGCAAUGAAGGGUUCAGAAGCUGAAUUUAAAGAUACAGACCCAGUUGAAAACCUUAUAAAAUCAGGAAGUCAGGAGCAGAUUCAAGUGGAAAAGGAUGAAAAUUGUCCUGAUAGCAAAAACAAUAUGCCGCGGCCAGUGCAGGCUUUUGGACAGACAGCAAAAAGGUCGAAGUCAAACACAAAGUUAAAGUUAGUUCGGAGCCUUGCUGUAUGUGAAGAAUAUCCACCACCUCCUACAGCUGAAAUAUCACAGGACCUCCAGGAGAAAAUUCAAAUCCAGUUGUCACAGUGUUGUGAAAAAGAAGAAAAGCCUGCAAAAGAUGAAACGGAAAAGGAGAAGUCCAGUGAUAAAUUGCACAGAAAAAUGUUAUCAAGAGAUUCCAGCCAAGAGUACACAGAUUCCACUGGUAUAGAUCUUCAUGAAUUUUUAGUAAAUACGUUAAAAAACAAUCCCAGGGACAGAAUGAUGCUGCUGAAAUUAGAACAGGAAAUUUUAGAUUUCAUUGGUAAUAAUGAAGCUCCAAGAAAAAAGUUUCCCCCAAUGACAUCUUAUCAUAGAAUGCUGUUGCACAGGGUAGCUGCUUACUUUGGAUUAGAGCACAACGUGGACCAGAGUGGGAAGUCAGUCAUAGUAAAUAAAACUAGCAAUACAAGAAUACCUGACCAAAAGUUUUGUGAGCAUAUAAAGGAUGAGAAGAGUGAUGACUUUCAGAAGCGGUACAUCCUUAAAAGAGAUAACUCUAGUUUAGACAAAGAUGACAACCAGAUGAGAAUACGAUUAAAAGAUGACAGAAGAAGUAAAUCCAUAGAAGAACGUGAAGAAGAAUACCAGAGAGCUAGAGAAAGAAUAUUUGCACAAGACUCCCUGUGUUCCCAAGAGAAUUAUUUCACCGAUAAAAGAAUCCAGGAGGAAGAAACUAAUAGUACACAACAAAGACGACAGAUAUUUAGAAUCAAUAAAGAAACAUCCGGGAGAUCAACCAACAGCCAUCAGAGCAGUACUGAGAACGAGCUGAAGUAUUGUGAACCCCGUCCCUGGAGCAGCACUGACUCCGAUAGUUCCAUCCGCAGUCUGAAGCCAGCUGUAACAAAGGCCAGCAGCUUCAGUGGGAUCUCAGUUCUGACAAGAGGAGAUAGCUCUGGAAGCAGCAAAAGCACAGGCAGGCUAUCUGAGACAGGUUCAGAGUCUUCUAGUAGUGUAGGGUCAUCCACGAGUUCUCUUUCUCACACCCAGCAGCCUCUUCCAGUGCCAGCUCUAAGCCAGCCUUCUCAUGGCACGCCUGCCGUCUAUCCAACUGUCAGCACUAGUAACUCUCUUUCCUUUGAUGGUGGCAUAAAUGGGCAAGUGGCACCUACUAGCACUAGCUUCUUUUUGCUUCCCUUGGAAGCGACAGGCAUUCCACCUGGCAGUAUUCUGAUCAACCCUCAAACAGGUCAGCCAUUCCUUAAUCCAGAUGGCGCUCCAGUUGUGUACAAUCCUCCUAUGCCUCAGCAACCUGUUAGGACCCAAGUGCCUGGACCUGCACAACAGCCUCCUCUUCCUCCACCACCUCAGCAGCAGCCAGCAGCUAAUCACAUCCUCUCACAGCCUAUCCGACCUCUACAGCCUUCUUCCCAGCCUGUUCAGUACUCUGCAGUCUCUUAUCCACCCCCGCUCCUGCCAGUCUCCUCUACCCAGCAAUAUUCUGUGCAAGACAACCUAGGAUCACAGUUUAGCCAUAUGAGUCUUGCCCGUCAGCCACCUGCUGAUCCAGCUGAACCUCACGCCACUAUGUUCCAGUCCACUGUUGUCCUGCAGCCCCCGCAGCAGUCUGGUUAUAUCAUUGCAGCCGCUCCGCCUCCACCACCUUCUGGCCAGCCGGUUUCUGCUCCAGGCUACUCUCCAUCCAGCCACCCUGUCAGCCAGCAGGUCCUUCCACAGCAGGGAUAUAUGCAGCAACCUGUGCCACAGAUGCCAGCCUGUUAUUGUACCCCCAAUCAGUAUCCGCACUCCAGUCAACAAUAUCGACCUGUUUCUGUCCAUUACAACACACAGCAAAACCAACCAUUGGCACAGCCUGGACAGCAGACAGGUUUCCAAGUUUUGCCUAACCAGCAGCAAAACUACCAGGGUUUAGUUGGAGUUCAACAGUCUCAGAAUCAAAGUCUAGUCAGUGGCCAACACAACAACGUUGGGAAUCAAAUUCAAGGUGUGAUCGUUCCAUAUCCUUCAGUGCCAUCUUAUCAGGUUUCGGUGCCUCAAGGUUCCCAGGCAGUGCCCCAGCAGACAUUUCAACAGCCUGUAAUAAUUCCUGGUCAGUCAAAUCAAGGAUUGCCCACAACAGGAAUGCCAGUUUACUACAGUGUCAUUCCAUCGGGUCAGCAGAAUAAUUUAAGUUCAUCAGUAGGAUAUUUGCAGCCUCCUGGAUCAGAGCAGAUACAGUUUCCUAGAACAUCAUCACCGUGUAACUCACAGCAGCUUCAAGGACAGCAAUGUGCAGAUCAUGAGAAGAUGCAAAAAACUGUAAACAUCCUGGGCUUGGAUAGAGAGGAGAGAGUUUAUAACAACCAUUCAAGUCAGAAGCCAUCACCUCCUACAUUAUUGUCACCUUCAUCAAAGUCAAAGCCGCAACAGGCUGCUUCCAUUUUGCACUACAGCAUAGUGUCUCCACCCUCAUGUAAAAGUUCACCCACUGGUCUUUCCAUCAUGCAGCCAAUAAAAGCAGUAGCAGCACCACCAGGUGGAGGAGUAGUAAUGAUGCAGCUAAAUAUACCUAACAACCCUCAGCCUCGGAACCAUUCACCUCCACAGUGGAAACAGAAUAAAUAUUACUGUGAUCAUCAAAGGGGGCAGAAGUCCACAGAACUUAGCACUUUAGACAGUGCUGCUCAGUUGCAGCAUAGUCCUCAACUAGGUAGUCCUGUCACCUCGCCAGCCCAAUCACCAGCACCAGCCCAGCUGUCAAACCUCAAGAACAUCCGUCCCACGUUAACACCUCUUUCUAUUGUGCCCCAGUUUUCUAGAACUUUCAUCCCUGGACAAGGAGAUGCCAGAUACCCAUUGCUCGGCCAGCCCCUGCAAUACAAUCCACCAUCUUUAUUACGUGGACAAGUAGCAAGCCAACAGUGUCAGCCUGGAAACAGACAUGGAAACAGGGGAAAGAAACCAGCAAAGAAGGCUGCUUCAGCAGAUCUUGGUGCAGGAGAGCCAGUUGUGGGAAAAGUUCUAGAAAUAACGGAACUGCCAGAAGGUAUCACUCGUAUGGAAGCAGAAAAACUAUUUGGAGAACUUUUAAAAGUGGGUGCCAAGAUCCGGUGGCUGAGGGAUUCACAGUGUCUACAAACACAGCAGCAGCACCACCGGCGUUACUGUGGCAGCGGAGAUAGUAAUGUGAACACUGAGCCAUGCAAAUCUACUGACUUGGCCUCCACUUACACGGUUCUAGCUAUGUUCCCUACAAUGUCGGCUGCUCAGAACGCAUUGAAGAAACAAAGUAGUACCUCAGUUAACAAGUUCAGGCUGAGAACAAGCAAGAAGCACUACGACUUUCAUAUCCUGGAAAGGGCUAGUUCUCAGUAGCAGUUUCAUCGAUGGACACUCAGCCUUUACUACUUCCAUGUCCUCCUCUCCUUGAUCGGCUUAAUGUUGUGGGGUUUCUGUUCUUUUCACAGAGAUUCCUGGGAUGUUUUGUCAUAAGUGACAUUAGCCAUUGAAGAAUAACCCAGUGAUCCAGCACGAUGAAAAAGUUAAUUCCAGACAAGAGCAAGAAAACAUCUUUGAGAAAGGCAGCUUUCUAUACAGAAUGCCACUGAAAUGCCCCCUACUUUUAUAAUAGUUUUGUUUUAUAUUUUUGACUUCUUGUAUCAGAUCCAAAGUUCUAUUGUACAGCAAACGUUCAUAAAAGCCCACAUUCAGAUUUGUACUUUAUAAUCCCUGUUCACUGCCAGCACACAGCUGUCCAUUCCAAAGCAGGAACCUGAGGAUUGGUGUAGGGGAAAAAGAGAACCAUUUUCAAAGAAUUACGCUCAUUUUCUAGUGAACUGCCCAACAUAUUCAGAUGAACCUGUUCCCUGUCCCUUGCAUUUUUUGUUUUUUUAAAGAAAAGAAAUAUAUAAUUUUAGUAACUAGUUAAUUCCUUAGAUGGUUGUUUUCUUUUGAGAUUCAUUCAAGCGAUGUCAAAAGAAAUUACAAGUUCAUUGUACCCUUCGAGGAUUCGCUUUGAUCCAACGAGUUGAAUAAGUAUUUAAAGGGGAAUAUGAAUAGAUUACAAAGAAUGUUCACUGAAUCACAUUUUAAUAUUUCUUUUUAGCAAAAAGGUGAAGAAACUAAAAUGUAUCUUCACAAGUGACAAAAUGUUUGCACUUUAAUUGUGUUCCCACCAGUAUGAAUCUCUUUCUCUUUCUUUUCACGCUAAAAUAAUUGUGUUUGAUAAGAGCUGGAAACCUUUUUAAUGGUUUAAGUUGUCAUCAUUUGCAGAUACUCACUGGACAUCAAAAGACUCAUUGCACAUAAAAAUGAAACAAACAUUUUUUUUCAAUUUGUGUAAUUUGCAAGGCUGUACAAUGUGUGCUGAUGCAAGCCUUUUUCAGUUCAAGAAAAUAAAUGUUUACAAACACAAA